AUGUUCCUAUUGACCAAGCAUGGUAGAAAGUGUACUCUGGACUGUAACUCUCUUGUCCAUCACACUGUAAGAGAGACCAGCUCUAACGAUUCUCUGUACUCCCCCCUGCCCCCUCCACCCAAACCACUGACCUAUAUCCAGCUGAAGACAAGAGAAGCGGGCAGGACAGCCACACCUCAUGCGUGGGCUCAGCAAAGAUCCGAGUUGGAUACGGGUCUGACAAACAUGGGUGUACUCCAGCUCCACAACCCCACUCACCCCAGCACGCUUCUGCAGCGGGCCAAUCAGAUGCGUCUUACCGGCACCUUGUGUGAUGUCAUCAUCACAGUGGACGGCCAGGAGUUCCCAGCACACCGCACCGUCCUGGCCUGCACCAGCAAAAUGUUCGAAAUCUUGUUCCACCGCAGCAGCCUGCGCUACGCCCUGGACUUCCUGUCCCCUAAGACCUUUCAGCAGAUCCUGGAGUACGCCUACACCGCGUCCCUUCAGGCCACAGCUGAGGAUCUGGAUGACCUGUUGUACGCUGCAGAGAUCCUGGAGAUCGAGUACCUGGAGGAGCAGUGCCUGAAGGUGCUGGAGACCAUCCAGGCAGAGGAGAGCGAGGAGGCGGUGGUGAGGAACCACAGCUCCGGAGACCACAGCGACCACAGCCGGGCCCGGCACUGGAGGCACAUGUUGAUGUCCAAAAAGCAUUCCAUACAGGAUGAACCCAACUACACUUCUCCCACUGUUCUGCACCACUUGGCACUGUACCACAUGACAGAGAGGAAUCCUCCUGGUCUAAAGCCUGAGGAGGUUCCUGAAUCGAGCCCCAAAGUGGACACGGAGGUUGACAUGGAGAGCUCUCAGCGCCACAGUGCAGACUUAUCCCAGACGUCUUCUCUGGGUCCUAACAGAAGUAUAAAGUCAGAAAGCAUGCAGGUGGAUGAAGCCAGUGGCUGCGAGGGCAGGUCCUCCAGCACCGGAGAGGGAAGCUGUUUGUCAGACCAGCCCAGAGACGAGGGCCCAGGGACGCCGCAGAGAGGCAGCGUCAUUACCAGUGCUCGAGAGCUGCACACAGGCCCCGAAGAUGGGGGACAAGUGGUAGGAAACUCUCUUGACUGUUUCCCCGGGAUAGCCGAGAAACAUCUGGCCUCCAUAUACUCUGUACCCUCCAACCACACAGGGGAGGGGAUGCUGCCAGUGGCCGUUUCAGUGGCCCCGUCCCUGGGCGUGCCACUGGACCCCAGAGCCUACAGUGGCCUGCUGCACCAAGGCUUACUGCACAGAGAGCUCCUCAGCAGGCUGGGCCAGUUUGCAGCAGGGAUGAGGCACGAGGGCCAGGGUACGGGCCAACAGUGCUGUGGCGAGUGUGGGCUUCAGCUGCACACAAGGCAGGCCAUGGAGCAGCACAGGAGGCUGCACAACAAGGAGAAGGGCCACGGCUGUGAAUACUGUGGCAAACACUUCCAGGACAGCAUGCGGCUCAGGAUGCACAUGCUCUCUCACACAGUUCCCGCAGAGGCGCUGGUGUGUGAUCAGUGUGGAGCAACAUUUGCCUCAGAGGAUGCUCUUGAAGGCCACAGGCAAACACACACAGGGACUGACAUGGCGGUGUUCUGUCUGCUGUGUGCAAAGCGCUUCCAGACCCAGAAGGCCCUGCAGCAGCACAUGGAGGUCCAUGCCGGCAUGCACAGCUACAUCUGCAGCCACUGUGAGCGCCCCUUCCCCAGCCACACCACCCUCAAAAGACACUUGCGUACGCACACGGGCGAUCACCCGUUCGAGUGUGAAUUCUGCGGGAGCUGUUUCAGAGACGACGGCACGCUGAGGGGUCAUAAACGCAUCCACACAGGAGAGAAGCCUUACGAGUGCAACGGCUGCGGGAAAAGGUUCAGCCUCAAACACCAGCUAGAGACACACUACCGUGUACAUACAGGUGAGAAGCCAUUCGAGUGUAAACUGUGUCACCAACGAUCCAGAGACUACUCAGCUAUGAUCAAGCACCUGCGCACUCACAACGGAGCGUCUCCAUACCAGUGCACCAUCUGCCAGGACUUCUGUCCAAGUCUGGCCGCCAUGCAGAAGCACAUGAAGGGCCACAAACCCGAGGAGGUGCCGGCAGACUGGAGGAUAGAAAAAACUUACCUGUACAUCUGCUACGUCUGAGCAGGACUUAGACCCCGUGCACAGUCUGACAAACACACAGUUGGGUGAAAACCUCCUAAUUCCGGUGUUAGUGAAUCACUGAGUUACGGAUUUCAUGUUCCUCUAUGGGGAUAGAAACAAAAACUUUUUACAUAAGCUGGAAAAUGCAUUGUGGGAAGUUCAGGAAGAUAAAAGGUUUUUACCUGACAACAGAAACAUGCAAGCAUGAACACAGAUUUGUGUACACGCUAGGGCUGCAACUGGUUUGAUUAUAAAUCAGAAAUACAUUUUUAAAUUGUAAAACAUUUUUACUACGGUAAGUGGUAAAUCAUUCUGAAAAUUGACAGAAAAUCCUCACAUUCUAGUGACAUCUUUGAAUGACCCAUUUACAGAGAUCAAAACAGAGAAAAGCAGAAAAUGAUCAUAUUUUGAGGAGCAGCGCAUUUAGCAGCGCUGGAAAAGGACUUCAAUGAUGACUGGAUUAUCAAAAUUGUCACCAGUUACUGUUUCAGCCCUUGGUGCACACAAACAUGCACAGACACACAUUCUCACUCUCACACACACACACACACACACACACACACGAGUACAGUGUGGAUAAUCACUGUAUCUGUAGUGGAUCCACUGUGGUUAACAUCGACGCCACAGUGGCUGCUGACCUGUGUGUGCAGCAGGAGCUUCUUGGUUGGCUGCUUCACCUACAGUAGGUCAUAUCCUAUGAUUGUGCAGUAGAUGUUGAAAACAAUUCCACGAAGGCUUGAUUGGCUCAAAUCUGCAACAUUUUCUCUGCCUAUUUUCAGUGACUACUCGGUUUGUUUGAUUUGCUCUUUCUGCUGUUGGAUUUUGGUUUUGGAUUUAUUUUCUGCAUGUUUUACUUGAAUGGUUGCCACGUUUUGACCUCAGAAGCUUGAGCUCUUUAAUCACCUUGUCUUUCUUGCAGUGGCUGUUCUUGUUUUGAGGUAGCUGGCUCACAAUCUGACUUCCUCUUGCAAUGUAAUAGGUUUUUGCUAUUUAUAUGUUGUUUAUUUGUUACCAAAUAUGUGCUGGCUUUCAUCACACAGUCAGUGUCUCUUGGGAUGCUUUCUAGUAGAGCGAGCUCUACCUCUCCUCACUUUUCACCAUCUGUUUUUAAACCUACUGCAAAUUAUUCAUUCAGUUUAAAAUUUCUAACACAUGCAUUAUAAUUUAAAUGGUCAGUGUGUUAAAAAAAAAGCCUCAACAUGGCUUUUAUGUGUAUUUUUUUAUCAUCGCUAUAUUUAGAUGUUUUAGGUCACAGAAUCAGAAUUUUCUUGGAGAAAAUUAAAGAAAAGAUGAAAAAGUUUUUUUUUAAGAAAACAUGAACAGAAAAUUCUGACACCGAAUCACUAUGAGCAGGUUAUUGUCAGUUGUAGUGUAGCUGUAAUGUACAAACUGUCAUGGUAUUCCCUGAUGUGAGCCUAACAGGCCUUAUAGAUUUAAACGUUGUAUUUUUGUAUGACAGUAAUUUGCUAUCUGUUUACAUUUGGUAUGAUUUGACAAACAUCUUAAUGUGUGUUUUCUAAGUCUCUGAUUUGAUUAAGAUCCCUCCCUUGUGCCUCUUUUAUAAGUAGAGCAUCGAUGUGCUUGAGUACAUGGGUCUGUGCUGUUGGUAGUUGUUUCUGGGUGUUUGUUUAUUGUUACAUAAUUGAAGAUAGACUGCCAUGUGUAUCCAUUUUGUCUGAACAUUGCAACUGGAAGCAACAUACUGUGAUAGUGGCUGAAACCCUGAUGCAAGUUCCAAGCAAUUUUGAUGUAAAAGUACACGCUUGUCUCAAAUUGUUCCCUUCAAAGUGACAAUAGGCUGAGAUCUCUGGGUGAAAACAGUAUGUAUAGCAAAUCUCGGUGUCCGUGGGCAUUACCAAUGCCUUCUUAAGUAGUCAGCAACACUCAGUGCCAUGAAGACACAUUCACUGCAUCUAUUCUAUAUGAACAUGCACUAUAAAUGGUUUUCCUUGGUGGACCAAAAGAAAUAGAGCACUUUUGUUGAAAAGGGUUUUUUUUUUCUUUGAUCUUUCUAUGUUGUGAUAAUGCAGAUGUCCUUUUAUUUGAUGUGUCCUAGAAGGAUGUGAUUAGCAUUGUUUAGAUUAUGUCAAUGUCUGUCUACCUCAGGGCCAGAUCAAAGCUCGACCUGGUAUCCAAUCAGGGUUGUUCUUCUUGCCAUGUGUGCAGUUAAAUCCCUCUUCAUUACAGCUUUGUAACAUAGUGUGUGAAAGUGUUUUCUCAGUGUGGAUUCAGGCACAACUCUGUAUGCGUCAGUGUUCGAUGGCAUGGUUAAAAAAAAAAAAGAAUAAAACCAUUUACUAUUUUAUUCAUGCAGUCUCAUUUGCGUACUGUUUGUUGUACGUAUUCUAUAGUGACGCCCUGUAUGGCAGAGGUCCUCA